UUUCAUAAGAAGAUGUAAUUUUAAUGUACUUACUGGGCGUGAUAGCGGCAAGCAGGUUAGGCGGUUCUUAAAACGUAGAACGUGAGAAAUCAUUGUACGUUAGAUCUAGUCUAUCUUUCAAUGGUUACUGCAGAAGCUACAGAAGCAAGAAAGGGGCAACAGAAGCUAAAGAAGUUAGCAAUUGACGAAAGUAUGCAAUUCAAAAUUCUUGCGGUAUUUUUACGUCAGAGGGAUCGUUAAACAUAAUAGAAUUGUAUUUAUUUGUACUUGAAUUUUCCAGCCAGUCGCUGUUAAGUCGUUCGAUUCUGUUAAGAAUAAGAAGAUGCCUCGUGUUACUCCAGAAAGUAAGUAAAUUAAAAAAUAAUGUACAUCGUAAUAUAUUGUAACCAGAAUGAAAUUUAUCUUCGAUGUGACAUAUAUGUAUUUUAAACAGAGAGUAUUAAAUAAUUAGGUUAUAGAAUAUGUAAGAAAUACUUGUAAGAAAGAGUGAUGUCAUGUUAUUGAUUUUACGUUUCGGAAUAUGUUCGUUUUUUUUUUUUUUUUUUUUUUUUUUUCGAAAUAUGUGUAUUUAUAUGAAAUAACUCGAAUAGAGAAUGAAAGAAUUUAUUUGUCAUACAUACACGUAUAUAUGUAUACAUGUACAUUAUGUAUUUCACAAUUUUUGAUUUACGUUUUAACGUUUUACAUAUCACGUCAGAAACGAUGAAAAUUACACAAGUGUUCAAGUACUCGCUGUUUAGAAAGGUGUAGUUAUUUUAUUAAUGUGAAAAUAGGUAUUGAAGAGAAUUUCUAACUUUUUGAAAUAUCUCUGGAUUCUAGUUUCACACGAUCAGAUUGGCCUGCUGUGUUUCUAAAUUAUACGAUAUUUACAGACGGUUUCCUAGAAUAGAUGUAUUACCUAGAAAAGAAAAAGAAAGAAAUGAACGCUAUUAUUAUAUCGAUGAAUUUUG